AUGGCAGCUUCAGGCCAGAUUGUCAACAUCAACCUCAACAUUGGGGACAACACAGGAGGGAGUGGCACAGCAGACAAGAGUCAGUAUUCCUCCACCCUUGCUGAGACAUUGCUGAGCUGCUGUAAGCAGGGAGGACUGUUCCAAGACACCAGCCAGCUGGAACGACAGUUACUGGACAUGACAGACACUGGUCAGAACAUGGUCAUAACUCUGUUGCUGGACCAGACCAAGAAGAUGCAGGAACAGAUGGAGGAGCGAGACAAGAAGAUGCGGGAACAGAUGGAGGAGAGAGACAAGAUACAGGAACAGAUGGAGGAGCGAGACAAGGCGAUGCAGCAGCAGAUCAAGAAUCUCAAGUUGGAUCUCUGCCUCACCAAAAAGACCUGCUGUAACAAGACCGAAGCCCGUCCCUGUGGCUAUGAACAGUUCAGCGAAAGACCCGACAAGUUCUACAAGAUCUCUACCGACGCAAAGCACUACACUGAUGCCAGGUCCGACUGUCAGGCUGCCGGCGGGCACCUGGCUAUGCCCAAAGACAAGGCAACAAACGACUUCUUGGCCAAACUGGCCAAGGCCAGAUUCCGCGACGAUAUGUGGAUCGGUCUGACAGACGAGGUGACAGAGGGAACCUGGGUGUGGGGUGAUGGGAAAAUACUCGGCACCGGCUGGACCAACUGGGUACAGGGGUAUCCUACUCAUAAUGAUCAUCUUCGUAACUAUGCUGCACUAAGUGUUGGGGCCUCUAAUUAUGAGUGGUAUGAUCUUUUCAACAAUAGUGAGGAGUAUUAUAUCUGUGAAGUGAAGGCCACUGCUGCCCCCUAG